UUUUUAUCCUUUUCCUUUUUCGAUCCCGUCUUCAUCUUUUGAUGAGUUCGUUUAUCAAUACACAGAAAAAAAUACAAAUUUGCUUAGCAUCCACUCGACAUGGCAUCGUCACUUGUCAGCCCGAAAUGAUUUCUUUAUCUGGUCUCUCAAUCGGUUUACAAAUGAACAUUUUAUAUAGGGAAGUCUGCAUCGGUAACGGCAAACGCUCGGAAUUCUUAAAUAGGUGCAAAAAUUUGGUACCCAAGUCAACGAAAUUGUUGCUGCUUAGUUAAGCCUCACACCAUAAAAAAAAAACUCCACUUGAAUGCUCGUAUCUAGUGCUGUGUUCCAGUCCCAAAAUUGCCCAUGUCCAUGUGCAGGAGCCACUUCAAACGGAUGAGCUACCAGACAGCACUGUAGAUUCUUCGUUUCAAUGGGCAGGGAUUACAAGUCUGCAGUCUUGAGCUUUCGCUGUCUUUGCUCCAUCGUCUUCAUCCUCUCUGGGUUUUCGAUCGCUUCAUUCCUCUGCUGGUUUCACUGUACCAGCACUAGUCCAUGCCAUAAGCAGACCCAACUGCUGGGCCGAUAUGAAGAUCGACCUAUCGACCUCCUCACAUUUGCUUCUGCAUGGAACUACCUUGAUUUCGCCCCGGGCCGGCCUCCGAAACUCCUCAAGAUUGCCGUCUUCGUCAAGAAAUGGCCUCAUAGAUCUCACGCAGGCGGACUCGAGAGGCAUGCCUUGACCCUUCACCUAGCGCUCGCCAGAAGAGGCCACGAGCUCCAUAUAUUCACGACUUCUCCUCCGAACUCGUCCUUCCCGAAAUACCCGAUAAGCAGUUUGUACUUUCAUCUCUCUAGGCCAACCGCUGCCGGUUAUCUGGACCAAGCAUUGGUGUGGAAGCAGUUCCAAUCUCAGAAUUCCACAGGUAGACCAUUCGAUGUGAUCCACACAGAGAGUGUUGGUCUGAUGCACACUCGGUCGCGGAACAUAGCCAACCUAGCUGUGAGCUGGCAUGGAAUCGCUUACGAGACCAUACAUUCCGACAUCAUUCAGGAGCUCGUUCGUUCUCCUGACGAGCCACAAUCGUACUCAUUGACUGAAAGAGUGAUGCGGGUGGUCGAAGAGGUGAAGUUCUUUCCGAGUUAUGCUCACCAUGUCGCCACCAGCGAUCACGCCGGAGAUGUACUGAAAAGAGUGUACAUGAUCCCUGAGGAACGAGUCCAUGUGAUCCUCAAUGGCGUGGAUGAAAAUGUUUUCAGGCCAAAUAUCAUCAGCGGUGGGGAUUUCAGAUCGAAGUUUGGGAUUCCUGAUUCUAAAAACCUGGUCAUAGGAUUGGCAGGGAGGUUGGUAAAAGAUAAAGGACACCCGAUAAUGUUCGAAGCCCUAAAGCAGAUACUCAAGGAAAACAAAAAGUUCAGAGAAGAGGUCCUUGUUCUGGUCGCUGGAGAUGGUCCCUGGGGUACCAGAUAUAGAGAUCUUGGUUCCAAUGUUCUGGUUUUGGGGCCACUAGAACAGGCUCAAAUUGCAAGAUUCUAUAAUGCAAUCGAUAUCUUUGCGAACCCAACUGUUCGAGCUCAAGGAUUGGAUCAUACUCUGUUAGAAGCAAUGCUUUCCGGUAAGCCAGUCCUUGCCACAAGGCUUGCCAGUAUAACUGGGUCCGUCAUUGUUAAUGCAGACGUGGGAUACACAUUUCCACCCACAGUGGAUUCGCUAAAGAAAGCUCUCUACAAGGUUUGGGGUGAUGGCAGAAUCAUUUUGGAGAAAAAAGGGCAAGUUGCGCGGCAUAGAGGCUUGCAUUUGUUUGCUGCCACCAAGAUGGCUGCUGCCUACGAAAGGUUGUUUUUGUGUAUGUCAAAUGAUUCGGCAAAAGGAGAAACUUUUUGUAACUAUGAGGAUCCACUUCCCUAAAUCUCGCAAAUGGUAAUGAAGAUUCCCCAAGGCAACAUGAGAGGUGCGGUGCUUUCUGAUGGCUGAGAGGAUUCCCAAGAGCAAAUGCAUUGUGAUUAAAUCUGCAGUGCCAGAGCGAGGUGUUUUGAGAACUGAGGAAACGGGGACAGAUUGGACACUGCCAUCCAUGCUUUUAGUGGAAAGUUUUAAUAGAGAUAAAGCAUCAUCCUUUGAACACUCUUGAUAAGGUGCUUUCUGCAAUGGGAAGACGAAAAUGCGGGAAUGACAGGCUGUAGACUGAAGUUAUUUUGUCGGCAGAUUCGGGUAUUGCUGUUCCUGGACUAUUUGCCGGUAGCUUUCAAGUCCAACAUCAUUUUGCUGCCUGCGCGAGGGUCAAGUAUUUUAUUCUAGCAUGUCUUGUACUUCUCUUAACUCUCAAAUGGUUUGCUUAAUUUGGCAGUGGGCAGUUCCUUAUGCUUCCUGUGCAUGCAACUUGAAGAUAAUGCCUGCUUCCUCUUCGUUUAGUGAAUCUGUGAGGAUGUAUAUGACCAUGUAAUCUUGUGAGUCAAGACUCAUAGAUGUGAUUAUACUGUGGCUUCUAACCGGAUAUUGGUCAACUUGAAAUUGAGCAGAAUGUACAUUUGUUGCAUGCUUUUUUUCUAGUAUAAUGAAUCAGAAUAUUUCUGCCC